AUGUUUCUGCCCAUCCUCUUUCUAAUACUCAGCCUUGGCUGCGUAAUCCCGGACAGUCCCUUUCAAAAUAUGUUCGAUAGCCUAAGUUUCCUGUUUCUGUACGGCAAUCGUUCGUCCCGAGUGCCGGAUACGGUAUCAUUCCGACCGAGCUAUGAUUUCAUCAUUAUCGGUGCCGGUUCCGGUGGAUCCGUGAUGGCUAAUCGUCUUAGUGAAAACGGAAACUGGACAGUGCUGCUGUUGGAGGCUGGCAACGAGGAAAACUUGGUCGUCAACGUACCGUUAACUGCAGGACUUACCACAGCUACGAGAUUCAGCUGGGGUUACCGAGCGGAUCCAAUGAAGAAUGCAUGCUUAGGCUUAGAAAACGGUGUCUGCUACUGGCCAAAAGGGCGAGGACUGGGAGGUACCAGCUUGAUCAAUUUUCUCUUAUACGGUAGAGGACACAAGCGAGAUUACGAUGAAUGGGAACAAGCAGGAAACUAUGGCUGGGGUUACAAAGACGUAGUCAAGUAUUUCCAGAAAACUGAAAAGAUCAAAGGACAGAAAUCGAACCCGAAAGGUUAUUUGAACAUCGAGCAGAGUUCGUUUGAAACUCCUAUGCUGCGAUGUUUCAUUGAAGCUGGAGAAGCUUUAGGCUAUCGUGAAAUUGACCCAAAUGAAAAAAUUCAACUUGGUUUCUACAAAGCAAUAGCGACUAUGGUUAAUGGCGAGCGCUGCAGUGCAUCCCGAGCUUAUCUUCGUCCAGUUGCACAUCGUCAAAAUCUGCACAUUUCAAUGAAAUCCUGGGUAACAAAAAUUCUUAUUGAUCCAGAGUCCAAAGCAGCCUAUGGCGUUGAGUUUAUGAAGAAUAAACAACGCUACCAAAUUAAAGCAACGAAAGAAGUGAUACUUUCAGCGGGAGCAAUAGCAUCUCCGCAGUUAUUGAUGCUAUCCGGAAUAGGUCCUAAAGAGCAUUUAGAUUCUUUCUCGAUUCCUACAGUAAUGGACUUAAGAGUUGGAUACAAUUUGCAAGACCACAGUACUCUUUCCGGAUUAGUAUUCACUGUCAACAAACCUGUUACGAUAAGAGAACAGGAUAUGCGACGACCAGAAAAUUUUCUGAAUUAUAUGUUCAACCGCAAGGGACCAUUUACCGUUCCCGGAGGAGCUGAGGGAAUUGCAUUUGUUAAAACGAACAACUCAGACCUACCUGAGGACUAUCCUGAUAUGGAACUUGUACUUGGAACUGGAGCAGUCAACAACGAUGUAUCCGGUUCGCUGCGGCACACUUUCGGGAUAACCCAGGAAUUCUACAGUAAAACCUACGGAUCAGUCAGAGGGGUACAUGCUUUUGGCAUAGCACCAGUACUGAUGCGUCCACGAAGUCGUGGACGCCUGUAUCUGAAGAGCAAAAACCCUUUCAAUUGGCCACACAUGGAGGGCAACUUUUUCGAUCACCCGAAGGAUAUGUCCACGAUGAUCGAAGGUAUUAAACUAGCGGUACGAAUAGGCGAAUCGAAAAGUUUUGCUCCGUUUGGGGCCAAACUGUUGGCAACACCGUUUUAUGGCUGUGAACAUGAACGGUUUCGCAGUGAUGAUUAUUGGAGGUGCUGCGUUCGGCAAAUAGGUGCCAGCAUACAGCAUCAGUCCGGCACCUGCAAAAUGGGUCCUAUCACUGAUCGCGACUCGGUCGUCAAUCCAGAACUUCAGGUACAUGGAAUAAAAAACCUUCGAGUGGUGGAUGCAUCGAUAAUGCCAUUCUUACCAGCGGCGCAUACUAACGGUGUCGUGUAUAUGAUCGGUGAAAAGGCCGCUGAUAUGGUGAAAAAGUAUUGGGCGAACAACAUCGAAAACCAUUGA